AUGGGUCGUAAUUCUCGAAUUAGAUCACUCAGUCUUGGUUCCACAAAUAUUGUCUUACGCAAUCGAGAUCGAGAAAAUUCAAACGAAAUGAUUAAUUUGUUAACUAAAAGGAUUGUGAAAUCUUCCUCAUAUGAUGAAAUGAAAGAAAUUCAAGAACUUCUCAUGAAACUUAAACAAAAAUUACCUAAUGUUGGCGACGGAAUAGAUGAGCUCGAGAAUUGUUGGACAGGUAUGACUGCGAGCAUCUACAGAAGAGCGUUGGAAAACUGGACCAAAUGUCAAGCUCAAAUCAAAUAA